CAAGCCGAGCAAGUACGACAAUUGGAGGAGCAAUUAAAUGGCCAAAAAGAUUAUGAAAAAAUUAAAAAACAGGUCCAGGAGGAAUUGUUAGCCGAACAAAGUAAGGAAUGUAUAAACUGUCCGCAACUGACGGAGGAAAUGCAGGAAUUAGAAAGUAGGAUAAAAGAAAUUGAAACUGAUAGUCAAGCAAAGAGCAAGCAAGUAAUACAACUAGAAAGAAAACUCCAAAGUAACCACCAAAUAAUUACUCAGUUAAAUCGAGAAAAAAGCGAACUAGAAAAAAAUUUGCGACAAAGUAUUAGUGAGUUAGAAACUAUCAAACAAGAGAGAGAUAGUCGUCCAAGUAUUACUCAUCAACAAUUAGAAACUGAAAAAAAUAAACUAUUAGAGAUAAAAGAAAAUGAGAAUGAAAGAUUAAAUAGCGAAAUAGAGCGAUUGAAUGGUGCGCUAAUGAAAAAGAAAAGUAGUUUGGUAAAGCAAGCCGAGCAA